GGGGAGGGGUGGUUCAGGUCCGGCCGUGGCUGAGGGCGCCGCCGCCGCCGCCAUGAGCUCCAUCGGCACCGGGUACGACCUGUCAGCUUCCACGUUUUCCCCAGAUGGCAGAGUGUUUCAAGUUGAGUAUGCUAUGAAAGCUGUGGAGAAUAGUAGUACAGCAAUUGGGAUAAGAUGCAAAGAUGGUGUUGUCUUUGGAGUAGAAAAACUAGUUCUGUCCAAGCUUUACGAAGAGGGUUCCAAUAAACGUCUCUUUAACGUCGAUCGACAUGUUGGAAUGGCAGUAGCAGGACUUCUGGCCGAUGCUCGUUCUUUGGCAGACAUAGCCAGAGAAGAGGCUUCUAACUUUAGAUCUAACUAUGGCUAUGAUAUUCCACUGAAGCAUCUUGCUGAUAGAGUGGCUAUGUAUGUGCAUGCGUACACACUCUACAGUGCUGUCAGACCUUUUGGUUGCAGUUUCAUGUUGGGGUCCUAUGAUGAUGAUGAUGGUGCACAACUGUACAUGAUUGAUCCAUCAGGAGUUUCAUACGGUUAUUGGGGGUGUGCCAUUGGUAAAGCCAGGCAGGCUGCAAAAACGGAGAUAGAAAAACUUCAGAUGAAGGAAAUGACCUGCCGUGAUGUUGUUAAAGAGGUUGCGAAAAUAAUCUACAUAGUUCACGAUGAAGUAAAGGAUAAAGCUUUUGAGCUGGAACUCAGCUGGGUUGGAGAAAUAACAAACGGAAAACAUGAAAUUGUUCCCAAAGACAUUAGGGAAGAAGCAGAAAAAUAUGCCAAGGAAUCUUUGAAAGAGGAAGAUGAAUCAGAUGAUGACAAUAUGUAACACAUUGUUACUUCAAGACAAGUUCAACUUUUCUUAAGUUAGACCAGGUUUGUUUAUAAUGUAUUAAGCAUGGGAUGCUGUUAUGUACUUGUUGAAAGAAACUGAGUGACCAACUUGCACUAAUAAAUUUUCCAUUUUA